GUCCGUUUCCUAUUCCGAUAACCAUUUUGAUGACUUGUAGAUUUUUUGACAUGCAACCGCUCGGCAUAAUUUGAAAAAUUUUAGCGGUAGAGAAGAGAACACUGAAGAAGCGUUAUCGAUAGCGCAACGGUGGCGAAAUCGAGAGAUCACGUCAUUCGAUCAGGACGAGUUUCACGUAUUACGUGUACGAAACUAACGAGCAUAACAAAUUUGUCGUGAUGUGGGUAACGAUUACAUUUAGAUAACGCACAGUGACGAACAACAUGUGACGAUUAAUUCAAGUGGAAGAGAAGAGAAGCCUGGAAAGAAUAUUGGUCUUUCGGUGUACGGAAGAUCUGAAUUAUCAUACCGAUGGCCUUUCAAACAUUUCGAGAAGAGUACAUGCAAAUGCCUGUGGUGACACGAGCUUAUACAACAGCCUGUGUCAUCACGACUCUCGCAGUGCAACUAGAUUUGGUAUCACCGUUUCGGCUAUAUUUUAAUCCUACACUGAUAAUAGAACAAUAUCAGAUAUGGAGAUUAAUUACGACAUUUUUAUUCUUUGGGAACAUGGGUUUCAAUUUCUUCUUCAACAUGGUCUUCACGUACCGAUAUUGUCGGAUGCUGGAGGAGGGUUCAUUUCGUAGAAGAACAGCAGACUUUGUGAUGAUGUUCAUUUUUGGGGGCACAUCUAUGAUUAUGUUUGGAUUUUUUGUUAACUUAUUGUUCCUGGGUCAUGCGUUUACGAUUAUGUUGGUUUAUGUGUGGUCGAGACGAAACCCAUUCGUUAGACUCAACUUUUUUGGACUGCUAAACUUUCAAGCUCCGUAUUUGCCUUGGGUGCUUCUCGGUUUCACUGUAAUUCUUGGUAAUACAAUAUGGGUAGAUCUAGUUGGUAUGGCAGUAGGACACAUGUAUUAUUUUGUAGAAGAUGUAUUUCCACGUUUAAGAGGAGGUUUCCGAGUUCUUAAAACUCCGCAAAUACUUAAGACUUUGUUCGACGCACAUCCAGAGGAUCCAGACUAUACCCCGCCGCCCGAAGACCGUCCCGAAAGAUUUAAUUGGGGACAAGAAGCCAACGUGCAGUGAUUCAAAAUUCGAAGUCCUGCUUCCAAAUCAUCUCUUACUGAUUGGCAUAUCAAGUAAUCUUUUCUAUUAUUAGCCCUUUGCGGACAGAGUCGCUCGACGAGCGAGCAUCGCUGUGGUCGAGAGGUAUUGAUGCGCUACUUUAUUUGUAACAUUCUUCCAUUUAUUGUCGGGGCUUUCAUUAUUGUUGUCAAUAUUUAGUUCAUGCUCACUAUCACUAUCACUGAAAAUAUUGAAACGUUUGAUCUGAUUCUUUGUUCCAACAAUUUCGCUUCCACUGUCUGAAGCACUGCCAUCAUCUUCGAACUUGUCAGAUUCAAGAUAAUAUUCGUCUAUUAUCACUAUCGAACAUGUCCUCUUUGAAUCUUUUAGGCAUUGUGUAAAGGAUGUUAUAAAGUAUAAAAUAUAUAAAAGACUUACUGAUUCGUCUGGUAGUAUCACUGAGAGUUUUCAUUAAAUGAAAUAUAAGACUUCACCUCUAAAGAUCUCUAAUUUCCAUUGAAAAAGAAAACAUAAUACUGUUUAGUCUACUAUACCCAUGCGUAUCUUAUCGCUCAGAAAGAUAAAUGUACGCGAGCCGCUUAUACAUGUCCGUAACUGUGAACAGACUUGAGUGGCUAUUUGUCGACACACGUCCGCAACGGGAAAAAGACUUAGCUGGCUACUUGACGGCACUCGUCCGCAAAGGGUUAGAUAUACAACAUUGUUCCUUGAUUUCCCCAAUAACUAACAGAAGUACGAAGUAAUUACCAUUUGUCUACAAUACUAUGCGAAGUAUAGAGGAUACCUAUAACGACGAUAAGACUUCCAAUUUUUUACAGGGGUUACAAUUUUUCACAGGAAACUUCGGUAUUAAAUGUAAUACACGUUAAUAAUUAUAAAUGGAAACAGUAUUUCUCAGAUAA